CUGUGUUUCAUUGCUGAGGAGUUUACGGACGCGUCAGGGGUUUUCUCUCCCCCAGUUAUCCCCCAGUUUACCUUCGGACGAGCCUGUAAUGGACUACUCUAGUUCUCCCAGCAACCUGGACGUAUUUUGAGAAACGUUUGGAUUUUUUUUUAGCUCCAUCCCCACAUUUCCCCCCAUUCAAGUCAGCAGCAUGGCUGAAAAGGAGCACGUAUCGCCUGGAAAACUAAAGACAUUAUUAUAGCCAGCUUUGGCUUUUUCGGAAUAGGGGGCCUAUCCGAAAGGACAAUUUUUUUUCACAACUUUCCCUCCUGUGGAUAAUGGAUGGCAGAGAUUUUGGACCUCCCCGAUCCGUCCACGUACCACCUCCGUUGUUGGCGGGGCUCGCCAUGGAGCCUCACCGACUCGGAGCAGCCGCAGCAGCCGGGAGGAUCCCUCCCUCGCCCGGUCACUUGGGCGCGAGUCAUCCGCCGCCUCUCCACUCCGGAAAAUUCCUGCCAUCGGCCAUUAACCUACAUCCACACCACAGCGAUGCCUUCCCGGCAGGCUCCAGUCCCUUCUUGUCGGGUUAUCCGGGCCCCUCCCCCUUGACCUCUGACCCCACGUACAGAACGGCCAAUCCCAGCAGUCUGCAGAUGGCUCAGCUCUGGGCAUCUCAUGCUCAUGAAGGCUACCCUCCUUUGUCGAGCAGCCUGUACUCCAACCCCUACCUGUCCCUGGGGCACUUAGAUCCACCAUCGCUCCCCCAGCACCCGCUCUACGACUCCCAUAAAGAUGGUUUUUACCUGCCAUCCUCCCUGAGCCAUUCGUCCCUUCACCCCCCUUCCACCGCCCCCUCGGCCCCGUCCAGCUCCACACCCCCUCAGAGGACAUCCCGGGAUGGGAUUAGAGACCGGCCUUACCGGGGGGAGAGGGGGGACAGAGAGAGGGAGCGGGAGCGGUCCAGAGAUGAGCAGCGGCCGCACAGCGUAGUGGACCUGACGCAGGACGGGAGAGGUGAGGACGACCGCCGGGUGAGAAAUGGCGACAGGGACCGGGACUCGGAGAGAGACGGCUGGUUGCUUCACCCUCACCCACAAAAGUCACACUCCCAGCCUUCCACGGCCGAGAGCAGACCCAGGCCGUCGCCGCCGCGGCCAUCUAUUCCUACAGGCGUGGGCAGGUUACACGGACCAGAAACAGACAGAGGGGGUCGAGAGGAAGAGAGCACCUCUCGUCCUCCCCACAACCAAAACUCUAAUAACUCAAACUCACUGUCGGCCUCUCUCACAGACAGACAGAGGAGGAAUGAUUCUGUGGCGACCUCAUCUGGGACCCUUCACAUCUCCUAUGUCAUCCCCCCUGCACUUCAGCCUUCUGCGUCUGGUCCGCCCCACCCCUCCACACCCAGAGAGCCUAUCAGAGAGCAGCGAGUCAGCGCACCUACAUAUGUGCCUUCUGUGGAGGUUUACGACGAACGGGUGGGGCCCAUCCAGAUUGCCUCUCAGGCCCGUGAUAACAAACACAAUGAUAAACAUAGAGACAGAGAACGGGAUCGCGAAAGAGAACGAGACAGAGAGCGUGAGCGAGAACAGGAGCGAGAACGUGAACGGGAGCGAGACAGGGAGCGGGAGAUCUACAAGUUUCCUGAGCGGAGCCUCAUAGAGCACCCACGGCUCUGCCAGUUUGGCGAAUCAAGCAAUCAAAGAGAGGAAGGUUCUGUCAUUUGUUCCAAUGGUUCUGUUGGUAAACGAAGCCAGGACGCACCUUACUCCUCCAGUCAAUCAAGGUUCAGCCCUGAGGUCAGAGACAUUCCUAAACACCGACUGGCCACAGAGCGGGCCGGGACGGAGCCAAAGUGGAACACUAUCAGCCCACUGGCCAAUUAUGCCACGAGUCACAUGGCUGCUCUGGCCGCCCAGCACGGACACACCCUCCCCUCUCCCCACAGUCAACCCACUCACACGCAAAUGUCCCAUUCCCCGCACACAGCCCACCGGCCCAACACACAUUCAAGCCACAGCCAUUCCCCUCAGACCCUCCCCUCUCAACAUGGACAUGGACGUUCAGGUGAGGAGGGGAGUCAAAGGCGCUACCUGGACCCAUCGGCGCUGUACCGACCAGGGGGUGCAUUGGUGGGAGGGUCCAGUAGUGGUGAACGAGGGACAGGUGCAGGCUCUGAUCCUGCAGAGGUCUCGGCCAUGCAGAGUCUAAUUAAGUACAGCGGAAAUUUUGCAGCUGAAGGCGCCGGGUCCUCCAGACAUGCCAACGACAGCCGAGGGCCUUUUGGGGGUCUGGGUAACAUCGGGAUGGAAGCUGAGCGAGAGAGGGAAAAGGAAAGAGAGCGGGAAAGAGAACGAGAGAGGGAGCGGGACAGAGACCGAGACAGGGUAGCACUUGGUUCAGGUGGUUCUGGGGCAUUAAGGGUACCUCCGCAGCUGAAGAGGGAGCAAGAGCGACCGGACAGCGCCCGUUCGUUCGGUCGGGAUGGUGAGGGAGAGGUGCGCCACCCUCCAGUGGGCAUCGCUGUAGCUGUGGCUAGACAGAGAGACAGUACCAGCACCAGUAAACAGGCCAGUGGACCCUCAGACCCACAGAGACCCCUGCUGCCAACAGGGAUUAAAGAUGAGGAGCGAGGAGAGGACCGAACUCGUCACCACGAUGACAGACUGCUGGGGGGCAGGUUGGAACGAGAGCAGGAGAAAGUGCUCAGAGAGUCCAAGGAGCUGGCGGAGUUCACUCAGAUGCACCCUACCCCACUAUCUGGAGGCCUGACCCCCAGUAUGAUGACACCCACCCUCAUGAACCCAAACCUGAUGGUGACGGGUGGUGCUGCUCUGUCAGGAGCCGGACGCUGGCCCCCUGACCCCUCAACCCUGACCUCUCACCCUUGGAUUCCCCGCCCAGGAGCACCCCCAGUUUGGCUCUCCAGCUCGCCAUACAGUCUGGGUCCUUCAUCACUCCACCAAACCCUCCCUCCAGGCUACCCUCCAUCUCUGCCAGGUUCUAUACCUCCUCCGUACCAGUUUGCCAGAGAUCCACAGUCUGGACAGCUCCUUGUCAUCCCUACUGAACACCUGCCACACUAUGGAGGUGACGUACUAGAGCGUGGAGCCCCAGUGUGGUCGAGUGUGUACGGUACAGGCAGCUCACUGCAGCACGCAGCCCAGCUUCAGCUCCUCUCCCAGCAACAGAUGCUCCGACAACAGGAGCUGCUCAUGAUCCAGCAGCACACGGCGCAGGUCCUGGAGCUGCAGAGGAACGCACAGCUUGUCGCAAGUGGCAUUCAUGAGCGUUUGAAGGCCAGCGAGCACCGGCCAGAGCUUGAAGACAAAGCAGACAAGCGGAACCCCGACCCCAAACCCCGGCCCUCCUCGAUAUCCUCCCCGUCUCCUUCGCCCAUCCUUCAUCCUCGCAAACCUCCUCCUCCCUCUCGCUCACCAACCCCGUCCACAUCCUCUCUCACCCCGCUGCCUCCACUCCCCUCCCCGGUGACCACUCUCAAGUCAGAGGAAGGGGGGCAGAGAGCACUGUCUCACCCACCUACACCCCUGCCUCAUCCUCCUUCCCCGCGGUCUGCCUCUCCACCCCCUUCUUCGCCACGGCGGCCCAAACAGGAGGCAGCUGAAGACGGGGAGGUGGGAAGGAGGGAGCAGAGAGAUGGACAAAAACCACCCACUGCACCUUUUCAGGGCAUCUACUCAGAUCUUCCAGGUUACUCUUACCAAUCUAUCACUGCCCCAUUUGGCUCACCUUUCCCCACUUAUCACAUGCCAACACCAACUGCAGCCAAAACAGAAGUCGUCCCACCUCACCGCUCCCACUCUCCCUCCCCAGUGGCCUCUUUGCCUUCAGCUCAUCUUCAUUUGAGGUCGCUGGACUCUGACAUUAAGCCUCAGAAACUAGAGCCUUCGAAGUCAGGUUCUUUCCUCAAACAGGAACCUGGUGUUGAACAGCCUCAGUUGGAUGUGACACCAGAACCCCUAGGUCCUCUUCGCCGCAGCCCAGUCCUGCCCACACAGAACAGAGAGGUGGAGGUGGAUGGUGAAGCACCAAAACCCCAGCCUCAACCGGUACCAUUGCACAUCUCUAGCCCUCCACCACAAAAAAGUGAAAGACUUGAAGAAGUCAUAGGGGAAGAGCAAGAUGGAGGGCAGAUCAAAAUGGAAGUCCCAUCUUACUCGUGUCAGGCAGCAUAUCCACUGCCUCUUUCACUCAAAGAGGCUGAGGCUAAGCCAGAUGUCAUUAAAGAUCCAGAGCAAACACGAUAUCCAUCAUGCAUCACUGCAGAUUCUGACAGCCAGGAAUCCGCUCAAGUGUGUGGGUCAUUAGAACAAACCAGCAGCUCUAUGUGUGAACCCCAGCAGCUGGAUGCUCCAAUAAACUUACACACUCCUAGUCAGAGAGAAAGUACCAAUGAAACUCCUGUUUAUCCACCUGUCAUCUCUGACUCCCCAUUCCCACUCAUCACUGGUCCUGAGGAUCCCAUGGCAGGGCUGUUGGCCCUGGUUACAGCCAGUGAGAUAGCUCAGGCCAGACCCAGCACCCCACCUGCCCCAACGCUCACACCACAGAUCGAAAACCCUCACCUAAGUAGUAGUGCAGGGCCUCUAGAGAUGGUGGCCCUGGAGGGGAUGGCCCUGCUCAGCCAAAUGGCACCACAGGAGAUGGAGCUCAUCAACCACGAGCGAGAUGUGACAUUAGAGGGUCUUGAUUGUCUACUGGAAGCUAGUAGGCAAAUUCUGUUGGAGGCCAUUGAAAAACAAUCCCACAUUGAUCUGCCCCGAGUUCUGGACCCCACCAAGAAGUACAGCUGGAGGCAGAGGAAGGAGGAGCCACUGUACAGUAAAAUGUCAGUGGAUGUGUUGGACGCGGUGGAAGUGGAAUACCGGGUUCGCCUGGCUGAGCUGCAGAAGACAUAUAAGGAAAAGCAGAGAGAGCUGAGCAAGCUGCAGAGACGCAGAGACAAGCGUGAGCGGCAGCAGCAGGAGGAUGAGAGGCGGAGUCUGACCAGACGAGGCAGAGGAAGACCCAGGAAGAGGAAACACUUGGCCACGCCUCUCAAACUGGACAGCAGGCCUGGAAAGGUUGGUAGGACAGUGCAAUACUCUGAAGACUCUGAAGCCGGAGAGGGACAGAAGAAAAAGUUUAGGCCAUCCAGAGAAGAAGAGGAAACAGAGGCAGGGAGUGGAGGAGUGAAGGUGAAAAAGAAAAAAAAGAAGAAGAAAAGCUGGAAUGAGCAAGAGCCUUCCACUAGUCAUGCUCUGGAGGUGUUGAAGGCGAAGCGUGGCCAUGUAUGUGAGCAGGAGCAGCUGGCAUCUGACCUCGAUAGAGCGCUUUCGCUCUCACAGCUCGGCUCUCUCGGUGCAUCUCACAAACUUCCCUCCAAUGCAAAAGUAGACCGGUCGAAAGGCAAGUCUGGGGAAGGUCGGGUAAAGGAGCGGAACAUCCACUCCUCUGUCAAAGGGCCGAAACACAAAAUAGCUGGAAAGACUUGUGCUUCGGAGACAGUCCAGAAGGUGAAGAGUCAGAAGAAGCGCACUUUGUUCUCUCCUGGGAGAUCAGAGCUCAGCAGCUGUUCCAACAACUCUGAUUCAGAGGAGCACAAUUCUGCCCGAGGGGGCUGGCCCCCUCUCUCAGGCACACGUUCCCGUGACAACCUGGCCAGGAAGAGGCGGUCCACGACAUCGCCAACAUCACUGCUGUCCAGUCAGAAGUCUCAGAAGAAGAAACACAAGCACUUAUCCCUGCUGCUGGAGGAGGCAGGCCUCAGCUCUUCUGACGACUCCUUCGACCAAGCAGAAUCCUCGGAGGACAAUGACGACAACGAGGAGGAAUCUGAUUCAGACGAUGGCGGCUGUGAGGAAAGUGGGCUGGGACUUUUGGCGAGGUUUGCAGCCAGUGCGAUCCCCGUCAGCUCCCCACCACUGAGCCUUCUCCAUGACGGCAAACACCGCAGCAGGCAAAGCACACUGGGUUCAUCCGAGUGUGAAUGGUCAGACUCCGGUUCAGACUUGCGGCUGAGGAAGUUCCCCUCUCUGCUGCAUGGCAAACGCUCUGCCCCAGAGCUUCCCUUGUUGCCCCCGGCAACCCACCGCAUUGACCAGACCAGCCCUACCAAGCGGGAAGAAUUGCUGCCUGUCAAACGCAAGCCUCUGCCCAAACCACGCCCUUCACCUCGGUCACCGCGGCGGUUUAGCUUUGACCUGGCCACUGGCUCAGGGUUUGGUGGCUUCAGUGAGGAUGAGGGCUGGAACCGACGACGCAGCGAGAGGAUUUUCCUCCACGAUGCGACCACUACAGCCAAUCAGAUAUCUGCAUCUGCCUCUGCCUCUGCCAAUCAGAGCAGCUCCUCAUCCUCCUCCUCCUCUUCCUCUUCUUCCUCCUCUGGCUCAGCCCCACCGCUCACCCUGAAGCCUGCCUCCAGACCCAAGCCCAGUCCACCGAGCAGAGAGGGAAAAGAUGCAGUGAAAAAAAAGAAGCUGAAGGACUCUCCUCUGCCUGUGAGCCCAUCGUCCACGCUGUGCUCCCCUAUCACAGAUGGUCCCGUGGCUCUUAGCCUCAGUACAGCACGAAAGAGCCAACCAAAAACCAAGACCAAGGCCAGAGAGCCCUCCAGGGGUGCGGUGAGCCGGCUGAUGGAGAGCAUGGCGGCGGAUGAGGACUUCGAACCCAAUCAGGACAGCAGCUUCAGUGAAGAUGAGCUACUCCCAGCAUGCAACAACAGUGUACCAGAGAGGUCCUCUCCACUCGCUCCAGUGCAGUGUGUGUUGGAUAAAGACUCUCUGGUAGAUGGACUCAGAGUUUUAAUCCCAAUGGAUGACCAGCUACUGUACGCAGGACAUGUGAACACUGUACACUCCCCUGACAUAUACAGUGUGGUGGUGGAGGGGGAGAGAGGGAACCGACCACACAUCUACUGCUUGGAACAACUACUGCAGGAAGCUAUCAUCGACGUAAAGCCUCCGUCUGUGCGCUACCUCCCAGAGGGCACCCGCAUCGCUGCCUACUGGAGCCAACAGUACCGCUGCCUUUACCCCGGCACGGUUGUCAACGGAAUUUCAGAUAUUGACGAAAAUGACAAUCUUAUCACGGUUGAGUUUGAUGACGGCGACACGGGCCGGAUCCCCCUUUCUCACAUCAGACUGCUGCCGCCGGACUACAAGAUCCACUGUGCUGAGCCAUCUCCUGCGCUGCUCGUAGCCAGCUGCAACAGGAGGAGAGUACGCAAAUGCAGUAAGGAGGGCAAAGAGGCGACACCGAAACAAGAAGACAGUACUCCGAAGAUUAAAGGAAAACCUGGCCGCAAACCUAAACCCAAACCUGAAACUGCCCUGGACCCAGAUGGCCGCGAGAAAGCUGAUCCCCCAUCCUCCUCCUCCUCCUCCUCUGCUCAACCCACCGAAAGGCCCCAGGCUCCCCCCAAGCUGACCCAGGACAGGACUUCCUCUGUGCAGAAAGCAGCUCAGGAGAAGCCCAGGCCUGCAUCCCGGCCCACUAUGGGAACCCAGGCAAAACCAGGCCGAAAGAGCUCCACCACGACCCCUUCAAGCAGCCCAACCCUUUCCAGCCCAGUGUCCAGGAAGGACAGCACAGCCCAGCCUCCUUCUUCAAAAUCAGGCCGGUCUCUGCCUCCGUCCCUCUACCCCUCCACAUACGGUAAAGUCCUGACCGUGGACCUGUACAGUGAACCCAACCUCAGCUCUUAUAAAAGAGAGAAGGACAGCAGUCCAACCACCAGCAGACCCAUUGCAAGACCUAAUUUGACAUCUAAUGCAACGAAACCCAGUACUUCUUCGACCACUCCUAGACCCUCAUCAGCCUCCACAUCGAAAGCCAAACCUUCCUCAGACCACCACAACAGCUCCCGUCCCAGCCUCGGCCCUGGGCACAUAUCCAGCUCCAUCUCCAGGAUGCCAACGAGCAAACCCAGCUCGUCACUAACAUCCAGACCUUCAUCGUCUUCGUUGUCCUCAUCCUCUGCACCCAGACCCAAACUGAAGAUGCCAUCUGACCAGCUGUCCUCCAGAACUGGCUCCAUCUCCAGGCCUAAGCCCAGUUCAGGGCAAAGUGAUGUGAGGCGUAAGUCACUAUCCGCAGAGCCCCUUGUCAAGCUCGACCACGAAGGUGUCACGUCCCCUAAGACCAAGAAAACCAAGGCUCUGAUGUUAUUAGAGGAACGUGGUGUAAGGCGAGACCACACCCCUAUUACCACAGCCACAGCCAACCAAAAACUGCAAAAAACUGCUAAGCCACGAGCUCCAGAGAGAGACACGGCUGGCCCACUGGAAAAAGAUUCCACCUACAAAGCAUCGGUGCUGGCAAAGGAGAAGGCAGACGGCUGUGGAAGUUGUAGUAGAGGACAGGAGGUGGAGAAGAGAGAGGAGAAAGUGAAAAAAGAGGAGAGGAGGGAGGUGGAGAAGAGAGAGGAAAGGAAGAUGAAAGAGGAAUCUCAGAGCAGCAGCAGCUCUGAUUCAGAAGAAGAAUCCAACAAAGGGAAAAUGAAGAAAAAGAAGAAAUGCACCUCCAGCUGCUCCUCCUCUUCUUCAUCUUGCUCUGGAUCCUCUUCAUCUUCAUCAUCGUCAUCCUCUUCAUCAUCCUCGUCAUCUACAGAUGACUCCUCCUGCAGCUCAGAUGAAGAACGGACUCCCACCCCUCCACCAGGCCCUGUGUCUCCACCUGCUACACAGGAGAAACCUAAAGAGGAGACAAAAGAAGAAGAAGAGGAGGAGGUGAAGAAAGAGGUGGAGGUAAAAGUAGAAGAAGAAGAAGAAGAGAUGUCUCCUCCUUCGCAGUCCCCAUCUCCUUCAGCCUCUCCAACCACCGCCACUCCCACCCCAGCAAAACCUGCUAAACCUGCCACCGGGAAGGGCUCCGGGCAACGGGGGCGUCCUCCAAAACAGAAGACGAGUGGGGGAGAGGGGAAGGUGGGCAGGCCAAAGCGGCGAGAGGGGGUCCACCUCCCCACAACUAAGGAGCUGGCCAAACGUCAGCGGCUCCCCAGUGUGGAGAACAGACCCAAAAUUUCUGCUUUCCUUCCCGCCAGACAGCUCUGGAAGUGGUUUGGGAAACCCACUCAGAGACGAGGUAUGAAGGGAAAAGCUAAGAAGCUCUUCUAUAAGGCCAUCGUCCGUGGCAGAGAGAUGAUCCGUAUCGGUGACUGUGCCGUGUUCCUGUCCGCCGGCCGCCCCAACCUGCCCUUCAUUGGCCGCAUCCAGAGCAUGUGGGAGUCCUGGGGAAGCAACAUGGUGGUCAGAGUCAACUGGUUCUAUCAUCCAGAGGAGACGAACCCUGGCAAGAAACUCACUGACAAGAAGAACUGGGAUCAAAUGUGUGGUCAGUCUAUACCAGCAGCUCUGCACUCCUCUAUCCAGAGGAAAGACUUCAUGGAGCGUGCUCUGUACCAGUCAUCCCACAGUGACGAGAACGACGUGCAGACGGUCAGCCACAAGUGCCUGGUGGUGAGCGUAGAGGAGUACGAGCAGAUGACCCACACGCGCCGCUACGCCGACAGCGAGGACCUCUACUACCUGGCUGGCACUUACGAACCCACCACCGGCAUGAUCUUCAACACUGACGGAGUGCCGGUCAUCUGCUAAGAAAAAAAAAAAAAAAAACACACUGAAACUAACGCUAUAAGACACUGAAACCAAACUUCACUUGAGGUCAAACCAUCUCAUGGCCGAUCUCCCGUCUCAUCGCCGAUCCUCACCUUCACGAUGGAUCGUUCAAGGCCACCACUUGACAAACUGCUGCAACACCAUGAUACACUUCAAACUGUCAUGAUCAGCUACUACAAAACAGGAGACACUACAGACAGUAUUAAAAGGAACUCGUCUCCUGACUUGUUUGCACACACAAACUCCAUUAACACGUACUGGUUUGCUCAUUGUGUUCAUGGGGAAGCUUCAGAACACACUUGAGCUCUUCAGUCUCCUUUAACAUGUAAAUAUACCUGACACAGACACAUUUACACCCACACCUGCACAGACACAUGUAAAUACUCACCCUCAUGUAAUACACACAGUAAUAUAGAGGAAAAUAUGAGUGUUUUAUUUUCAUGUAAUAGAUUUAUGUCAGAGUACUUUUUUCUAAAGAGGCGAACAGUCAAGAAGCUUUAAUGAACUGUGAAUGAUGAUACAAUAGAGAGAGGCCAGUGUCCGUCCGUCUGUCCAUUCGCCCUCCCUCACCCCAGGCAGGAAAGACGGACAGACACCAGCACCAAGCGGUGUGACGUUGUGAUUAUGAUGUUGCCGUGGUGAUGUUACAGUCAUGUUACAGUCAAUAUAAACGUGUCUACAGAACAGCAGGAGCGACAGACGCAAAGACAGAAUGAGACGCACAGAAAGAGAGUUGGAGACUCCUUCCAUUUGCUGUCCAACGGAGAGCACUUAUAAAAACAACACUUAAAAGUCUAUCCUCCUUUAAUUUAAUCCCCCCUGGACAAUCCCAACUCAGGCAGACGAGGCUGCCCGUGUGCGACUAAAACUUCUGACUCCCUCAGAGACCUCAGGCUAAAGAGAGAGGAAGGAACCUUGUAGUAUUAAAAGCACUUCCCAUUUUCUCCUUUGAGUUUCUGAUGUUAAAGGAAAAAUCCACCCUGAAAACACUUAAACACUAUUAGGGGAAAAAAGCAGCUGCUGUUGUGUUUCAUUGGUGGCCCAUUUUACACUGCCACAUCAGGAGAGAGAGAGAUAGUAGGAAUCUUACUAGAGACAGCACAGAUACAAAUUACGGUGCCUUGGGGUGUUGAAAAGCAUUCUGGGAAGUGUCGGACAUCCCUUUUUGUAAGUAGAAAUGGGUAACCAAUAAAAAUAAACUGCAACACUUCAUCACAGAGUAACUCCUGGAACACACUGAACAAGGCGAGCUGGUAUAUUAACAGUGUAGGAGUCGCAGAGCGGUGGAUUUUCCCUUUAAAGUGUUUUCAAGGCUGUAAACACUGCGGUCAGUGCAAUAGGCAUCAAGGCUCUAAUUAAAAUCAGCUUGAACAGACGUCGCCCACAUUUCAGAUGUGCUUAAAUCAUUCGGCCGCAGUGUUUAGACCCUCUAUGUGUCUUGUGUUUGAUGUAUUUUACUUUUCUUUUGCUUCUGCUGUUUUAUGGGUGUCCAUCUUUACCCUCUUUGAUCACAUUUGAUUGACCCUCCAAGCAAUGAACGUUGACAAGAGUGCACUUUGAAUGAGCUCCGCUGCAGAGGAGACUCUGUGACUGGGAGUCUUGUAAGUCUUCCUAUAGUAUUUCCUAACGCCCAAACCCCGUCACCCUCCUGCUGCUCAUACUGCCUCUCCACAUGCCCUUUUGACACACACACACACACACCGAUACACGGCCCUUUCUCUGUUCAUGUUUUUGGCUGUCUUUUAGCUGCUUAUGAAGUUGUUUCUAUGUGCCUAGUUGAACUGUUUUUAGGGUGAGACUGUUGAAUGUCAUGCUCAGGGUUGUGAGCAUUUUGGGCGGCCUUUUUUGGUUUUCCUCCUCCCAGGCCUUAUGAUGACGAUUCGCCAAAUCUCUCUUAGGUCCCGCCCCCAUUUUUAGACCCAUCAUUUUCUUCUGCUGCUUCAGGCGCUGAGGAGAAAUCAGAUUUUCCCCAGUGUUGUUGACUUGGGGAAAUACCUUUUCUUCUAUGUGAACCUUCCGUUCUUAAGCUCUUAAGUCACUCAGUUACGCUAUUGUGUAUAGAGUUUGUAUCAGAAUCUAUAUACAGUAUUAAGUGUACUGUAUAUAACAGUGAUUUUCAUGUUGAUUUUCUUGUAUGUCUCUUACCACGUUGCCCUAUCUCUGUUUUGCUGCAGAGACUGAAGAUUGUCUUGUUGAUAUUCAAUAGGUUUUAUAUUUUCUACUCUCUUGAGAUCGUUUGGUUUUGUCUGGACUUGUCUGCGUGAUAUUAUAUUGUAUUUCGUUCUGGAGAUGGCUGCAUGACGUCUGGAAAAUGACUCAAGGUUUUAAUUUUGCAACAUUUUCCCGAUAAAUGACAAAGGACGUCCGCCCGCAUAGUAGCAUGUACGAUCAUGGUAUAAAAUCAGAUACGACGGCUACCCUGUAUAGGAAAGUUUGAUAAAGCGCUGCCCGACUAUUAAUAAAGCCCGUUUUAUGUGCUUUGAUCAGGUACAGAGUGUAUAUCUACAGUCUUCUGACAUUAAUCAGCCGUUGCUUAUUGACUCUUAUCUGCUCAAAGCCCCGCCUCAUCCUUAAGAUGCUGCUCUAACGUCACCUGAGACCAUGACCGAAGAUCAGUCACACUUUGGCAGAAAGUUCACAAGUUUCGGUCACAAACUGGGAUCUCCGGUUGAUUAUCUCAGGCGUGGGAGCGUCACGGAUACACAGGUCAGAGCGGUGUUUGCAGAGUGAACAAGUUAAAAGUGCCCGUUCUGAAUGUUUGUUUACCCCUGGAGCUGCUAAAGCACUUUUGUGUGUGUGUGUGAAGGAGACUGAUAAGACAUCAGACUCUUAUCCCCUGGUAUUACCACGUACACACAUAUGCACACACUUACACACCUUUGUAACCCUUUAAGGUGUGUGUUAUUGCCUUCCAAUCUCUAUUUGCCCCCCUAUCUCCAUCCAAAGCCCAGCCUUAGGCCUUCAUACAGGGUCCAACAUGCAGACUUAUUCCCCACCUCGCCUUCACUUUCAUUUGGUGUCAUAUAUUUUAAGAGCUGACUUUGUAAAUGUUCUUUUAUCACCGUUGACUUGUUUUACUUUGGCUUGUCUUUGACAUUUUUUUUUUGUUCUUGCAGUGACUAUUUUUUCCCUCCCAUCUUUUCACUUUAUUUGCAUGUUUCUGUCAUUUUUUAAUUAUUAUUGUUAUUAUAAUUAUUAUUAUUUCCCUUGCUUCCCCUCUCUGAACAAUCGUCCACGCCUCUCACGCAAUAACUGCUGACAGGCACUGGGAGCUAGCUGCUAGAGAGAGAGGAAUGGGAGAGAGAGCAUAAGCGAGAAUGGGAGAGAAAGAGAGAGAGAGAGAGGUGGACUGGAGGCUGGUUCUUCGUCUGCUGUUCCUUCAGUAUCGUUAUCGUCCUGUUACAGAAAAAAAAAGAUUAUUUUGAAAAUAAAUAGAAAAAAUCAUAUUAGUUUUGUAAAUGAUCCUUCACUGUCGAGGGGAGAAAAAGCUAUCAGAAUAUACUUUGUACACAUGUCUAAUCUUGUAAAAAAUACUAAAGAAUACAUUUUAGAGAUAAAUCUGAAACCAGAUAUAUUCUGUCGCCCUAUACUGUAUGUGAACUGUUUUUUUCUCUUUUUUUACAGACAGCAACCAUGUUUAUCAGUGUUUCUUUUAAAUUGUUUUAGUAACUCAAUAUUUUAUAGUUAAUCAAUAAACAGAUGGAACUGUA